AUGGUGCAUCCGGACCACUCAACCAGCGAAAAGACUGUUUAUGCAGUCUUAGCGGGAGACUCCGUGAAGGGCCGUCAACAUGAAUGGCUAGAGGCAAAUCACCCAGAGCUAGCUCCGCAACUCGCUACCACCAUUCUCUCCUGCCAUCCAUGGAAAUUGCAAGCCUGGAAUUGGGGCAAGGACCCAAUACAUGGACGAACACGGUUUGAUGAGUGGAACGCUGCGGGGGCCGUGUUUUGUGAAGAGUUCAAGAAAUGGAUUGGAAAUGGAAAAACCAUAUUGAACGACACGGAAAAUGAGAGCUUUGGUUACAAAAAGGAGAGCACAAAUUUGGGUGGUAUGGCAUAUCUCACUCCUAAGUCCGACCCAAUCGCGACCACAUUUCGCACCGAUUGCAUCUGGGAAAUUGUGAGGCGCCUGGUUCCAGAGAUGCUCCACGAUCUGGCGUUUCAGCGGAACAUUCAUGCUAUCCACGUUUCAGGAGGAUUCUGA